AGGAAAAAGACAGUCAAAACACAAUGGCUAAUACUCUAACAAUCACUUUAGUUUCGGUAAUUCUGUUAUGUCUAUCCGCAGAUGGAGCAAGAACAGUAUCAUACUCUAGCAACGGUCAAGGUGGCAGGUCUCUAUCAUCCUUGGUUGCUAAUGAUGGUAUCUGCAAAUCAAUGGUGGACACACAAGGCUAUGUUUGUGAAGAACACACUGUGACAACAAAAGAUGGUUAUAUUCUUAGCUUACAGAGGAUUCCAGCAGGGCGGUCUGGCAAGAAAUCAAACAAACCACCUGUUCUUUUGCAGCAUGGGAUCUUGAUAGAUGCUGCAGCAUGGCUGUUGAACUCUCCAGAUGAAUCAUUGGCAUUCAUAUUGGCCGAUGAGGGGUUUGAUGUUUGGCUCGCCAACACUCGCGGGACUCAAUAUAGCAGUGGACACACAUCACUUAGUCCCAACGAUCCGGCUUACUGGGAUUGGUCGUGGGACGAAUUAUCGGCUUAUGAUCUUCCUGCAUUUUUCGAGUAUGUUCAUGAUCAGACAGGGCAGGACCUGCACUAUGUUGGGCACUCCUUGGGAACUUUAAUGGCUCUUGCAACAUUUUCCCAAGAAAAUUUAUUGAACAUGUUAAGGUCAGCUGCUAUGCUAUGCCCCAUUGCUUACUUGGGUCAGAUACCGACCGAACUUGCUAGAGCUGCUGCUGAUUCUUUUCUCGCUGAAGACUUGUACUGGUUGGGUCUCCAUGAAUUUCUUCCAGGAGGGGAAGCUGUUGCCAAUCUUGUGGGUGAAAUCUGCAACAAAACGCACAGUAAUUGUUCCGACUUAAUGGUUGCUUUGACUGGCCAGGCUUGCUGCGUGAAUUCUUCCACGAUAGAUGUUUUUCUUCAGCAUGCAUUGCAGCCAACAGCCACGAGGAACCUCAUCCAUCUAGCUCAGAUGAUUCGAAAAGGGACCAUAGCCAUGUAUGAUUACGGAAAUGAAGAUGACAACAACAAACACUACGGGCAGCGAACUCCUCCAGCAUACGACAUGGCAAGCAUCCCAAAGGACCUGCCUCUUUUCAUGGGGUAUGGAGGGCAGGACUUGCUUGCAGAUGUGAAGGAUGUGCAGACACUGCUAGACACUCUCAAAAACCACGACGCCGAUAAGCUUGUAACAGUCUUCAGGGAAGAGUAUGCACAUGCUGACUUUGUUUUCGGUGUAAAUGCAAACCAAGUUGUUUAUGAUCCUCUCAUGGCCUUCUUCAAGCUCCACUGACAACAUCUAUGCAACCUAAAAUGGAAAAUGUUAUUACUAGUUCUGUUUUGUGAAAUAUGAAUAGAACCACUUUUUCUUUUAUUCAACAGUUGUUUUCUGGCUAGCUUGUAAUUUAAAGAGAGACAAAAAAGAUGAUCAUUUAACU